CCGUCUUGAAGGUUCUAAACGCCAUUAGGGCCUUGAAGAUCGUGCGAAUUAUAAAGCAAGCUCACCCACCCAGCGUUGCACACUGGGCUGGUGACUUCUAGUGUUAAUUAUUUCUUAAUCAAGAACGUUCGGCCCCUUCCCCCCCGCGCCAUGCACAAAACCACCCUCUGAAGGUGAUGCAUGUUUCAAACUCCUCCGCGUCCAGUCCCGCGUCUUACUGCGUUUGUUGGUCCGUUUGCUUAAACACAUCGAACAAUGCUCGAAAGGCCACAAAUGCCGCUUCAAACGGCGUCAACAAUCGGCGGCCACAAACGUUCUCUCACGUUUCGGUGCUUGACAUUUACCCAGAUCUCGGUUUUGUGCUAUGUUGUGUGAUUUUUUUCCUCUUAUUUCUAUCGCUCCCCAUCCCACCCCUUUCCUUACCACUAAUACCCGUGGAGUGCUCAUGGCGGUUUUGCAACGCAACACGCGCCUGCUCCAAUAUUGGGUCGUGCGCGGUGGCCACAAAUUAGAGCGCCCGUUCAACCACCGAUCGAAAACAUUUGUCGGUCGACGUAAUUCUGCGGACAUUGAGGGCCCGGCCCAGCCCAACAAGACAGCCCUGCCCAAAAAGGCUCCCUCCCUCCUUCCAUCCGCUUAUGGGGCUCUAGGAUUGUGUGUAUGUGUCUAUGCAACCUCCCUGUUUUUUAAUGUGGGUGUGUCGUCUUGGUGCAUUAAUCAUACCGCACCGAGAUGCGAGGAUGCUAGGGGUAGAAGUCUCAAGGGUCAAGCAUCAGCAGCGCAAAUCGUCAUCGAACCGCGCGGUUUGUCGCCUGCUCGCGUCAUUGAAGUCUUUCGUAUUUCAAGAGACGCAGAGAGAGAGAAAACGAACGAGUUCGCGCCACCCAGAGAGGGAGAGAGAGAGCGUCCCGCGGAUGGAUGAUGCCUGGUCGGCCAGAGUCAGAGGUCUCGGGACCCGAUUCGUUCUUCUACGUUACAGACGCGCGCUGGCGACGGUAAAACGUGGUGUAAAAGUAAAAGUUGUUUGCGUGCACAUGCAAACUACGAUGUUUCUCCGGCGGGCCAACUCGGUAGUGUUACUGAUAUUUGGUUGUCUACUAAUUAUAGAUGGUCAUGAGGAAAAGAAUCGUACCAAACGUGGCCGGAACGUGCGGACAUCGAACGCACCGCAAACGAAUGCCGGCAACGAACCCAGCCAAGAUCUCGACUCCAGCGGCAACAGCCAGCAGGAUGUGCCCGUAAUACCGCCCGGUUUCUUGAGCCCAUCCGUACAGGAGUACCUGGAGCUGGGUAAAUCAAUUCCUGGUCGACCAGGAACUGACUAUCCGAUAUUGGCCACCAUACCGUACACGAACUUCUACUGUGACGAGCAAGAAUAUCCGGGCUUUUUCGCCGACAUGGACACGAGAUGUCAAGGAUGGCAUUAUUGCGACAUCGAUGGACGGCAGGCGACGUUCCUCUGUCCGAAUGGUACGCAGUUUUCGCAAGCGGUAUUCGUGUGCGACUGGUGGUUUAACGUGCGCUGUGAUCUUUCGCCCCGGCUGUACUCGAUCAAUGCCCGGCUGUACCAGCGGCCCAAGUUCAAUCCGACGCAACCGCACCGAGUCAUCACCCGCCAGCUGGUGGACGAGAUUUUUAACGUGUAGAAAAAAAGAAAAAAAAAACACAAAAACUCUUGGCGUCUUGGCGCCCUCGUGUUAAAUAUCAUCACUAUUUAUUUUAUAGUUGCGCUAGUGUGUAAGAUGAAUGCCGUGCGAAUGUCGAUCGUCAAUGUCGAAUCAAAAGUUAGUGAGUGUCUCUAUCAGCUACGUGUUUUGUGUUUUGUCAGACAAGAAAUAUGUUCUCUUCCUCUUCCAAAACCUUCCCUUCCUUCCGAUACCGAUAAUCUUUUGUAAAUGUUGCUUAUUUGAGUCCUACCAAGAAGAUGCUAUCUUACUAAAGCUAGGCAUUACUCGUUAUCGGUUGUAUUAUUGUAUAAACAAAAACUUAAUAUAAAGUGUAAUAAAGUAUGUACAUAUGAGUUUACCACCAA